CAACAAUCGGUAUAUUUUGGCUACCCUGUAUUUAAUGUCAUCGCGCAAUACUAAAGCGAAAAUCAACAAACCAGCACUUGUGAUCAGAAAAGACAAACUCCGCUAUGGCUCUAUUGUCUGCAAUCAAAGGAAAACUGAUUUCGGUCAUCGGUGAUGAGGACACUUGCGUUGGUUUUUUGCUGGGGGGAAUCGGAGAAAUUAACAAAAAUCGUCACCCCAAUUUUAUGGUCGUCGAUAAGAACACUGCCGUUAGUGAGAUCGAGGACUGCUUCAAGCGUUUCCUUAAACGUGACGAUAUCGAUAUCAUUUUGAUUAAUCAGAACUACGCCGAAAUGAUUCGGCACGUGAUCGAUGCCCAUACUUCGCCAACACCUGCUGUGCUGGAGAUUCCCUCGAAGGAUCACCCCUACGAUGCAAGCAAAGAUUCUAUUCUGAGGCGUGCAAAGGGUAUGUUCAAUCCGGAUGAUAUGAUCGCAAACCGUGGUUAAGUGCAUUGUAUAUAUUAUACCUAUAAAAAUUUUGCGUGAUGUUCAGUCCAAUAAAAUCAUUCCGCGUCGUGUUGUAAUCAUGUCUAAAA